CAGGUACGUUCGUCAGUCGUCGGCCGAACUUGAAACGCACGGUUUCGUGUUCUCGUCGCGGAGCAAUUACGACUGUCCUCGCGCCAAAACGUCGACACACCUACAUACCUCUACCCUUUCACUAUCUGGCGCUUCCGGGUGCAUCGAUCAAUCGUUUACGAUUCGCGUGUCAUCGUACGGCAUCCAAAGCGUCUUCGCUGAACUGUCUAAUUUUCGCGUGUCUGUUACCUAUCCGAUCGGAAGUUCGUUUCUCGUUGGUCGUGAUCGGUCUGUGUUUCGAAUUUGCAGCAAAUCUGUCGUACGUACGUACAAAGUUACCGUGCACCACGACACGCGUAAACUAAAACAACGUGAUUAGGGGUAACUCGUGUGAACCUCGGUAUACGCUUGCAAAUCAAUCAAAUGCAAGAAAUAUUCGAUUACAUUUGGAAAGCUAAUAAGACGUUACAUGUAUAAAAGUUUCAUACGGAAUUUGCUCCGACGAACGAAAAACACAAGUUACAACACAUGCGAAGAAUGAUGCUUGUUCGAAGUACGGCUCACGAUUUCGUCGAACGAUAAGUGGCGAACUCGUGGAUGACCGCACGAUGUACACAUGAAUGGAAACUAUGAUGGACGCGUUUCGAUUGAUCCUCCUGUUGCUAGCAUCGUCGCGCUACUUCCUACAUCCAAUCGAUGGUGCUAUACGGAGUGAGAAGCCAACCAACGAGGAAGAAAGGAAUAACAUCCCUUCUUCGGUACCUGUAUCUGUCAAGGAUGUCCUGGCGCAGACCGGCGGAAACGCUUUGCUUCCCUGUAGAUUCACUAGUCCCGGAAUAGUAACUUGGAUCAGGAGAAAAGACAGGCAAUUAUUGACGCUGGGUACAGACACUCAUGUCAUCGACACGCGAUUCAUGGUUAUUUCAAACAGCCCAGACUGGACUCUGCUGAUUAAAAACGUCCAACGCGAAGAUGCUGGACUUUACGAGUGUCAGAUUCAAACGGAGCCGGUCCAACAACGAUUCAUUCGUCUAAGCAUCACGGAGGCGUACUCCAUGAUUCCCGGAGGACCAGACCUUCACGUCAAACAAGGAUCUAGUCUUCGACUGGAAUGUCAGCUGAUAGCAUCGACGGAGGCACCGAGUUUCAUCUUUUGGUAUCGCGAAGGUCGCAUGAUCAACUACGACGAUGAACCAGGGGUUAAAGUGGAGGCUACGAAAAACGGUUCGAUUCUCGUGGUUGACAAAGUGAAACUUUCUCAUGGUGCUAAUUACACUUGUUGGCCUAGCAAUGCCAGGCCAGCAUAUAUCAUGAUACACGUAAUCGAAGAAGAGGAAAAACCAGCAGCUAUGCAUGGCGGUGAUCGGCGAAACGCUACAUCGAAAGCGUCCAUCAAUGUCAUGUUGAUUUUUCUGACUUUCCUCGGUAUACGCACCUCGAAUCGACUUCAUCCGCGGCAAACCUGUGUCACGUGACUAGCCUACCGUAUCAACUUUGUCACCGAAUUGAUGCCUGCUGCGGAAUUCCAAAUAAUUUCGAUGCCAUUUUCGUAUAUCUCUUCUUACUUUACACUUUACAACGUUACUCGUGCUUGACUUACAUACAUUUAACGUCGUCGGUAAUUUGCUGAGCACGUGCAACGAAACUUGCUAAUUUCAUCUGACGCUCUCUAACAUCCUAAAAUGUUAACUUAAAAUAACAAUAACGCGAUGCAGCAAAUUCAUCGUAAAAUUUUGAAACAAUACGAGCAAGUGCGCCGUCACUUGGCAAGAUUUCCACUUGCAUCGGUUAAUCUACGGUUUAACUAUAGUACAAUACUCGAGACCGCUAUGUCGACGGUUAAAUUUUCGAAAUUCGAUAUUCUUAAAUCUCCGUUCCAAUAAAUGUUGAAUGUUAAAUGCGUAACGCAUCUGCAACGCUGAGUAUAAGAUGCAACAAUUUUCGUGAAAUGUGUGACCAGACAUAAACUCAAGCAAUAUUAAAUCAAGUAUUAUAUUCAUUUGAAUCACAUCCUUUAAAUAUUUUUAUCGUCAUAAACGUACAAAGAAUGAUCUUCACCUCGACGCAUUUACCAUUUCUCUUUUCCUAAAACGAGCAUGGACUUCUGUCCGAGUUUCUACUCGUACGCAUAAAAUAAUAAACCAUCGAGUCGAAAGAAAUAGCUAUCCUUUUUUUUUUUUUUUUAGCUGCCUGCAAACAAACGAAGUUCGCCAGAAAUUUCAGUAAUGAAGAAAAAAACACGCGAAACGUUUUAUCGAUGUGAAAUAUGAAUCCACAGAUACAGGUAUCGCAUUUAACGCUCGUUUUCAUUUCGCCGUAUGUCGUGUGUUUUCUAUCGUAAUUAAUGGUGAAUAAAAAUGAAAGCUAUUUCGCGAAUUGUCGUCGAAUGGAAAAGUUCACAUUCAUUCGUGAAAGAGUCAAUGUAAUAUGGCAGCGACACUCUGAUAAACAGUUGAAAAGACAUUUGCGAGUUCAGAUAAAUUUAAUCCAUUAAAAGUGUCGUGCAGUGUCGCUUUAUACUGUUUGCCACUUGAACGCGCACAAAAGUGAACUUAAUAAAUUCUAAGGGCAAAGCCACGCUUUCACGUUUCACCAACAGUUUCGUGAAUUAACAACGUUUAAACGAGCCAAAUCACAUACAGCUACGAAUGUUCAUCAUGGUCUCAAAUUCUUUUUAAUGCUCUUUACGCUCGUGAAUUCACAACGAUUUUAUCUUUUUUUCGAAUAAACACGAUCACACUGUGAAACCACGUGAAUAGUUCAAUCUCGUUGCGUAUAUAAAAUUCCAAUGAAACAGAAAGACAUUUAAAGUUAUUCAAUACACGGUCAAACGAGGAUUUCCUUGUCUUAUUGUUGCCAAUUUUAUAGUCUGACGCGAUCUUCUUUAGAAAAGUAUCGUUUGUCGGAUGCUUCGUCGAAGGAAAAAGAGAAAUCUAUCCUAUAGACAUAGUCUAAUACUCGUUAUUAUUUCCUGGUAACAUUCGAAAUAAUCACUUGAUGUAUUAAUAUGUGAUCAAUGUACAUACGCGUGUAUGCCAACUACAAUAUCUACUCUAAAUUGUGCACACACAUGAACCUGUGUAUCAAGAACAUUUUUCGCAAAAUACAAGAAUAUUGCCAUAUCUUUUUACAGAGAACGAAGCAUUACGCGUGUUUUAUCGGAUAGCAAUGCCAUGUACAUUUUUAUUCGCUGUUGUAUGCAGAAUGAUUUAUCAAUGACUUCUCGUUGGAACGUUCAAGUUUUCCAUUAGCUCUUUAUACAUAGGGUUAUGGAACACGUUAAUAUCGUUUCCAUGAACGAAAACUUAUUAAUUAACGUUCAUAUACUUGAUUCGUUUAACGAUAGUAGAUGAUUUUAACAUGGACGUUUGAGACUCUUUUUCGUCGACCUACCAGAGACAUAUGAAUUGUAAAAGUAGACUCGCAAAAUAAAACAAGACGUCAGAUUUUCAUCUCCACGAUAUUAUAACAUACAAAAUAAAUUGGACAUUUUGAUUCAAUCGAGAAA